UGUGUUCAGAGGAACUAAAAAUGUGGACGCGGACGAAGAGCGACGCCUCAGGCCGAGCUGAGCCUCCUCUGAAUCGGUAAAGCAGACGCGGAGAGACCGGGGACGAGAGCGGUGCCACCCGGACGCCCAGGCGGACUGAGGCAGGAGCCACCACCGGAUCGUCCCAUCAAGUCAGGCGGAGAUGAGAGUGCGCAGCGGGGGCGCGGCGGGUCUCCUUCUGCUGGCCGCUUGCGUGAAGAUUGUCGUAAGGGGCGACGAUGGGGACGCUGUAUUCAUCAGAGAGUUCACUCUGAUCCGAAGAGACCACCUGUCUGAGGAGCUGCAACAUGACGACGGACAGAAAACUGAAGAUCAGAACUCACGGUCGACCAGAUCGGAAGAAGAUCGCGAGACACUUUGGGAUGCUUGGGGAUCCUGGAGCGAGUGUUCACGUACAUGCGGGGGAGGAGCCUCGUACUCACUGAGGAGGUGUUUGAGCUCCAGGAGCUGCAAUGGACAGAACAUAAAAUACCGAACCUGCAGUAAUGUGGACUGUCCUGAUGGUUCUGAAGACUUCAGGUCUCAGCAGUGUCUCGCCCAUGCAGACGUGCGUCACCAAGGGCGCUACCAUGAAUGGCUCCCGGUCUACAACGACCCUCAGAACCCUUGUAGCCUCAAGUGCAAGGCAAAGGACAUGGACCUGGUCGUAGAGCUGGCUCCGAAAGUUUUGGAUGGGACACGCUGUUACACCGAGUCUCUGGACAUGUGCAUCAGUGGAGUGUGUCAGAUUGUGGGAUGUGAUCACGAGUUGGGAAGUCCAGCUAAAGAAGACAACUGCGGAGUUUGUAACGGAGAUGGAGCUUCAUGCCGGCUUGUGAGAGGAAACUACAAACUCCAGCAUGCAUUAGGAACAAAUGAAGUGGUCAUGGUGCCUUACAUGAGUCGUCACAUCCGCUUGGUUCUGAAAGGUCCAGAUCACUUGUCUCUGGAAAGCAAAACACUUGAUGGUGUAAAAGAUCUGCUGGCUCUGGAUCACUCUGGUCAGUACCAUCUGGAGAACACAACUGUGGAUUUCCAAAAGCUUCCAGAUAAACAAGUUGUGAGGAUAAAUGGUCCGCUGGCCGCUGACUUCACUGUGAAGGCCCAGCCUGUUGGGGUGACAGAAAGUGCCAUCCAGUACAUCUUCUACCAGCCCAUCCCCCACCGCUGGAGACAGACGGACUUCUUCCCUUGCUCUGCCACUUGUGGUGGAGGAUACCAGCUGACCUCUGCUGAGUGCGUCGACUUCCGGAGCAGACGGGUGGUGCUGGACCAGUUUUGCCAUUAUCACCCCGAAAACAUCAAACCCAAGCCUAAAUUGCAGGAAUGCAACCUGGACCCUUGCCCUGCCCGAGAUGGCUACAAACAGAUCAUGCCCUAUGACCUCUACCACCCGCUGCCCAGGUGGGAGAGUGGACCAUGGACCUCCUGCUCUGCCUCAUGUGGCGGUGGUGUCCAGAGUCGCUCAGUGUCCUGCGUCGAAGAGGAUGUCCAGGGGAACAUCAUCCCAGCAGAUGAGUGGAAGUGUCUCUACGCCACGAAGACGCCCAUCAUGCAGCCCUGCAACAGCUUCACCUGCCCGCACUGGCAGGCCCAGGAGUGGUCACCGUGCACGGUCAGCUGUGGUCAGGGUCUCCGCUACAGGGUGGUCUUGUGCCUGGACCACCGGGGGCUUCAUGCUGGAGGCUGCAACCCAACUACCAAACCUCACAUUAAGGAGGAGUGUGUCGUAACCACACCCUGCUACAAGUCCAGAGAAAUCCCACCUGAACAAAAAAUUCCUGCGUGGAACAAGCAAGCCAUGGAACUGGAGGAGAGGGAGGAGCCUACCUGGAUUGCUGGUCAGUGGGAGCCCUGUAGUAAGACCUGUGGCACAGGCGUACAGCAGCGCACAGUCAGCUGCCAGGUGCUGCUGUCCUUCUCUCAGGCUUUGGUCGACGUCCCGGAAGAUGAGUGCGAGGGGGUCCAACCUGUCAGCACCCGCCCUUGCUACCAGAACUCCUGCCCGAAGAAUUCAAGCCUACAACCUGUUGUAGAGGGGGAAGAUCAUGACCAGGUAGCGGAAGAAGAGGCUGAGACGCAUCUAGCCAGGGAGCAGGUGCACGAAUGGGAAUACAAUGGCUUCAAAGAGUGCUCUCAGACUUGUGGAGGAGGUGUCCAGCAGUCUGUUAUCAUCUGUGUGAACCAGCAGACAGAGGAAGAGGUCCCCCACACCCACUGUUUGAUGUCCCAUCGCCCCCCUUCGCUGGUCCAGAAUUGCAGUACCCAACCCUGCCCACCCAGGUGGGUGACAGGGUCAUGGACCUCCUGCUCAGCUUCCUGUGGAAUAGGUCUGAUGAGCCGUUCAGUUGUUUGCUCUAGAAAGGACAUCCCCAUUGAGGUUCUGGCUGAGGAAGCCUGUGCAGGUCCAAAGCCAGUGCCAGUCCAAGUCUGCAACCGCUUGGACUGCCCACCAGGCUGGGAGGUUGGUGACUGGCAGCAGUGUUCGCAAAGCUGCGGUGGUGGGGUUCAGUUGAGACAGGUUGUUUGUAGACAGAGACUCGCAGAUGGACGUGUACUAGAUCAGACAGGUUCCUUGUGCACUUCCAAGAGACCAGCCAACCACCAGACCUGCUCCAACCAGGAAUGUCCGGCAGAGUGGCUCAGCUCUGACUGGACCAAGUGUUCAGUGACAUGUGGAGCUGGGACUCAGAGGCGUCAGGUCACCUGCCAGAGACUAGGAGAUGCUGGAAGCCUCAAGGUAUUGGAUCCAAAAGAUUGUUCCACCGUGGUUCGACCAACCAGUGUAAGGCCAUGUUCCCAAAGACCAUGUAAUGAUUUAAUGGAGCGCACACCCUCCAUCCUGGGACAGAGAAAACUCUUCAUUCAACUGCUGAAGGUCAAAAAGGUUCAUUUAGUCAUAGGAGGCUUUGGCUACCUGCUCCCAUCCACCACUGUGGUGCUUCGGUGUCCCACCCGCCACUUCCUGAGGAGCCGUGUUCGCUGGCUGAAGGACGGAAAGCCUCUACUGAGCCGUCCACACUUGUACAUCACUUCAAUGGGAAACGUGAAGAUUCAUCAGGUCCGUGCUUCUGACAGCGGAGUGUACACAUGUGUGGCAGGUGCAGCACAGGAACAUUUGGUCAUUCAGAUCACUGGAAACAAGCGGAAACUCUCAUUACCAAAGAUGAAAGCAGGAGGCGAUAUGAAGGUGGGACCUUCUCGUAGCUCUUUGUUAGAGCAGAUCACCUCCCUCCACCAGUAUGACCAUAUUGCAGAUCUUCUGAGGCACAAACAUGAAGUGUCAGACAUCGCCCUAAAGUCCCAGUUCAGCAGAAGGAACAAGUCUUCUCCCUCAGUCUUCAUUGUAGACACAGCCCGGCUGGAUGAGUUGGUACAGAAGCUCUCUGGAGGGCCACAGGGAUGGCAGUUACUUCAAAGUGACACCCAGAAGUCAGCCCUGACAGCGCCAGAAAUUUCUGAAUCACCCACUCUACCUCCAGACCUUCAGACUACAAGGUCUCACGGCUCAUUGGUAGUGUCACCUGGGAGUGGAAGGAACUCAUCGGAGUUGAUUGUUCAUGUUGGGGGUCCAGUGGUGCUCCGCAAGCCAGUAGCUAGUUUGGAGAUAAGGUGUGAGUCGCUGGGAGACGUGGAGACGUCCGUUUCCUGGACAAAGAAUGGGAGAGCGCUGAUACAAACUGGCAGAGUGGAGGUGCUUAAGACUGGAGCUCUGAGGAUCCAGACCCCCUCCCAGUCGGACGAGGGUCUGUACACCUGCACCACCAGGAGUCUGUCUGGAUCAGCGUCUCUGACCUCUGUGCUGCAGGUGUCAGGAGAAAGGUGUGAUGCAGAGAGUUGCCACGCAAAACCAUCAGGGAAAUGUGUGGUACAACACUGCCCCUUCAGGUGGCAUGCAGAGGCCUGGACUCCGUGCUCAGCCAGUUGUGGGGAUGGCCUUCAGACCAGAAGUGUUCGAUGCCUGAAGGACUCUGACUUGUCUGAGGUGAAACAGCAUCACUGCUCCAGCUCGGGAAAGAAACCCCCAAGUACACAGAGCUGUUUCCUGACGCCAUGUUUCAGAUGGGUGGUGACCCGAUGGGGCCCGUGUCGAGGUACAUGUUCUCCACGUCGGCAUGUAUACUGUCAGCAUGCAAAUGGAACCCGUGUUUCCUCCAGGAUGUGUGUCGGACCUACUAGACUCCAUUCUGUGGACAAUUGUUCCUCGGACGCCUGCUCUCCAUCAUGGCAGGUGGGACCGUGGACUCAAUGCACUGCUUCUUGUGGCCGUCAUGGUUUCCAGUCUCGCCAGGUGACCUGUGUGGACCAGGGGACGGGGAAGGUGAUGCCUGACCUACAGUGCUUAUUUAAGCUCCGCCCUCAUAGCUGGCAACGCUGCAACGUCCAGUCUUGUGGUCAAGCAGGAAAAUGUCAGGACAGCACCCGCUAUUGUGAGAAAGUCCAGCAGCUGGACCUUUGCUCGCUGCCCCAGUUUCAGACUCGCUGCUGUCAGUCCUGCCACAACACAUGAGGAGACCAUGACAAAGACCGUCUUCAGUCUGAAUAAAGAUCCUGGACGUUCUUUAGAAUCUAAAGGUGUCCGAGAAUUUGGAUCACCUUCAGUCUUUUGUUUUGUUCCAAGACAAUAUUGAUACUGACUCUGAAAAAACACCUGAUCUCAUCAAAGAAGAGAGAGGUUACUUUAAAUCCCGAAAACAUCUGGAGGUUUUAUCUGAGGUUGUGCAAUGUGGUUGGAACCCAGAGAAACUGUUGCACAUGUUUAUAAUUAGAUUAAAUUAAUGUUAUUAAUGGUUGUUUGAUCAUCGUAGCGGCAAACAUCUGGACUUACUCUAGAGAACAGUUGACAUGAUUUGGAUGUUUGUGUUGCACUAAGCGACAACUUUUGCACUCUGCUCUCGUCCAAGUGUUUUAUUUAUAUAGUUCAGAUUAUCAGGAAACCUGUUUGUUUCUUCAACCACUUUGUGAUGUUUCCAACUCCAACAAACCAUCACAAACAUGCCUUUCAGUUUGUAGAUAUUUGUUUUUAUUUAUUUGUAUGUCUUUGUACAUGUGACGGUUCUACCUGC